GCACGACGCUCGUCAUUGGUUGGAGGCUGCGAGGGGAAGUCGGCAGAUGGCGCUCCUCACCUAACGCUACUAUCUCACUUUUGUUUUGGAGGUUCGUCACUUCCGGAUGUCAGAUGGAGUGACAGCAGCAGGUAAAGCGAGAAAACCCUGCUGUGUCGUUUUGACAGGUGAUGGGGGCAGACAGUGGCCCGGGAGCUCCUGCACCCGUCCCGUGGCGUAAAGUCCUGUAUGAACGGCAGCCCUUUCCAGACAAUUAUGUGGACUGCCGCUUUCUGGAGGAGCUGCGGCGCAACAUCCGUGUGCGUCAGUACCGUUACUGGGCGGUGGUGCGUGAAACGGGGCUCAUCGCGCAUCAGGUGUCCUGUGUGGCCCUCUUCCUCACGUUAUGGUCUUGUAUGGAGCGGGGAGCGCUGGUGCCGUCCGCGGUGCUCUGGGUCUGUCUAGCCUGUGCUCUGCUGGGAUACGGACUCUAUGAGAUCCUGGGAGGCUCUUGUGUUCGGGAGCGAACACGCCUUGCAGACCUGCAGAGCGCGACCAUCUUCCUGGCGUUUACUUUUGGGUUUUCACCAGUUUUAAAGACUCUGACCGAGUCGGUCAGUACAGAUACUGUUUACGCCAUGUCAGCUGUGAUGCUCCUGGCUCACUUGGUGUCCUUCCCGUAUGCUCAGCCCAGUCCCCCGGGCAGUCUUUCCCUCAACGCGGCUCUUUUCGGGUCGGUGUGUCUGGCGUCCCGGCUGCCUGGCGCCCUGCAUACCUUCACCAUGCUGAGCUGUGCCCUCCUGGUGUUCGCUCUGUGGCCGUGUCUGCUGCACCGCAUGCGGGAGAAGGUGGAGUGGAGCUUCCCGUGGGCGGCUGUGCUGGUGUGUCUGGCUGGAGUCGGGGGUCUGGGGAGCCUGUGGCCCGAGGGGGCUCUUUUCCUCUCGCUGGCUCUGUUAACAUUAACUUUAGUCUGUCCACUGUUGCUGGUUCACCUGCAGAGGCACAAGGACAACAUCCAUGGCCCUUGGGACGAGGCAGAGAUUAGAGAGGACCUGUCCUGCUUCCUGAAUUGAAACUGCCUACAGGGUUUUAAGACCGUUUUAAAUGAUGCUUUUGAUAGACUCCCUUCGGUGGGAUGGGUUUGAGAGUCUUUUGCACGUUUCCUAAAAGGAUAGCUAGUUCACCUAAAAAUUAAUAAUCUGUCAUCAUUUACUCCCCUGAAGUUGUUACAGACCUGUACGUGUUCCUUUCUUCUGUGGAACAUGAAAGAAAAUGUUUUGAAGAAUAUUGGUAACAGUUUUUGUUACAUUGGCUUCCAAAAAACACAGGCAUUUCUUAAAAUAUAUACUUUUGUGUUCUGCAGAAGAAAGUCUUGCAGGUUGGAAAUAAAAAACAAGAGUGUGAGUAAAUGAUGACAGAAUUGAUAUGUUUGGGUAAGCUAUGCCUUUAAGCUCAGGGAAGAAUUUCAUGUUGCCAAUAUAAAAUACAACUAAACUAUUAAAUGGGUAAACCUCAUGAAAACAUGUCCAGGUCAUGCUUGAAAAAAAAAACAAAGCCCUAAAGAUCUCAAUGGUCAUAAAACAGAUGCAGACCUUUUUUAGGUAAAAAAAAAAAUAUGAUUUUGAUUUUAGGGUAUGAUCCAGACAUGUGUUGUGAUAUUCAGAUCAUUUAUUUGGGAGUAGGGAGGUCUUUUUAACAGUAUUGAUAUAAAUGUGCAUAUUCUUGAAUUGCUCGAUUAAAAAGUUGAAAUUG